GGGCAGAUCCAGCCAAGCCCAUCCCCGAUCCCUUUGGCUCCUAAAUAAAUAGUGCGUCCUUCACCAGACAUCCACUAAAGAAUCGCAUUUUUGUUUAUAUCGAAGAUUUGGAUUCCCAUUGAACAACAUUUCCCCCACGAAGGAUGCUGUGGUAGUUCCCAUUCUCCCGCUGAAGACUACACUACCCAGGAUGCUAAGCGAGCAGAGCCGUCCUAUUUCGUCUUCACUGCGAACUUCGGCGGAAGUGAAGGGUGGCUGCUUUCAAAAACAAUCCGCAGGUGACAGAGAAGACGAAGUAGGAAAAAAUUUUGACUGGACACGACUGCAGUGGCUCACAUGAUUUUUACUGAAUGGAGCACUGUUCCAAGUACUACUGAGGAAGAGAAAUCAGAUUGUUUGCCCAGAACAAAGAUGGCGUCUGAACUUCCGGAACCACAGUGAACUUCCGGCACGAGAGUCCACACAACAAAACAAGGGCAUUGAAGAUGAAUUGUCUCCUGCAGGGGCGUGAUCGCCCAGAACGUGAGGGAGGAGGUUCUAAAUGGCUAUUGGCUGGACGAUAAGGCCCGCCCCCUCACGCUUUUCCAAUCACAGUUAAGGAAGCUCGGCGUUCCAGCGGCGAUUGGUGAGCGCCCUGCAGCCAAUGGGAAGAGGUCGAUUUUGGCGCGAGUGUUGAGGGACUUCCGGGCUCCGCGCCUCUGCUCCAGCCUGGGUCCGGACCGAGUCCGAGUCUGAGUCUGAAUCCGCCUCUGGGUUCCCCGUCCGCGCCAUGUUCGUGACCGACUUUCGCCGGGAUUUCUACGACGUGAUUCAGACGGAGCGAGUUCUUCUCUUUGUUGCUUCUGAUGUUGAUGCGUUAUGUGCCUGCAAAAUUCUUCAGGCCUUGUUCCAGUGUGACCACGUCCAAUACACUUUGGUUCCCGUUUCUGGGUGGCAGGAACUUGAAACCUCGUUUCUGGAACACAAAGACCAGUUCCGCUAUUUUCUUCUCAUAAACUGUGGGGCCAAUGUCGACCUCUUGGAUAUCCUCCAGCCUGAAGAGGAUAGGAUUUUCUUCAUUUGUGAUACCCACCGGCCUGUCAAUGUUGUGAACGUUUACAAUGACACCCAGAUAAAGCUGCUCAUCAAACAAGACGAUGACCUGGAAGUCCCUGCCUACGACGACAUUUUCAGAGACGAUGAGGACGAUGAGGAUGAAGAUGAGGACGAGGAAGAAAAGUCGGGCCAUGAGAGCGACGGGUCAGAGCCUUCUGGAAAGCGCACUCGGUUUGAAGAGGACGUGAUCGAGCAGACGAUGAAGAGGAGGCAGCGAAGAGAGUGGGAGGCCCGCAGGAAAGAAAUCCUCUUUGACUACGAGCAGUAUGAAUACCACGGGACCUCAUCAGCCAUGGUGAUGUUUGACCUGGCCUGGGUCAUGUCCAAGGAUCUCAAUGACAUGCUGUGGUGGGCCAUUGUUGGGCUGACCGACCAGUGGAUACAAGACAAGAUCACUCAAAUGAAGUACGUGACCGAUAUUGGGAUUCUGCAGCGUCAUGUGUCCCGCCAUAACCACCGUAAUGAAGAUGAUGAGAACUCCCUCUCUAUCGACUGCAUGCGCAUAGCCUUUGAAUACGACCUGCGCCUGGCCCUGUACCAGCACUGGUCUCUCUAUGACAGCCUCUGUAACACGUGCUACACGUCAGCUAGGCUCAGGCUUUGGUCCGUCCAGGGCCAGAAGCGGCUUCAGGAGCUUCUGGCCGACAUGGGGCUCCCGCUAAAGCAGGUUAAGCAGAAGUUUCAGGCCAUGGACGUCUCCUUGAAAGAGAAUCUGCAGGAAAUCCUUGAAGAAUCUGCAAACAAAUUUGGGAUGAAGGACAUGCGGGUGCAGACUUUCAGCAUCCACUUUGGGUUCAAAAACAAGUUCCUGGCCAGCGACGUGGUCUUCGCAACUACGUCCUUGCUGGAGAACAUCGAGAAGGACGCCUCCGGGACGGAUAACUUCAUCAGGGCCUUGGACAGUCUCUCCAGGAGUAACCUGGCGCAGCUCUACCAGGGCCUGGAGCUGGCCAAGAAGCAGCUUCGGGCCAUCCACCAGACUGUGGCCAGCUGCAUCUGCACCAACCUCGUCAUCUCCCAGGGGCCUUUCCUCUACUGCUACCUCAUGGAGGGCACGCCGGAUGUCAAGCUGUUCUCCAAGCCGGCAUCUCUGGGCCUGCUCAGCAAAUAUCUGCUGCAGUCCUUCAUUUGUUCGACAAAGAACAAGCGCUGUAAGCUGCUGCCUUUGGUGAUGGCGGCCCCGAUGAGCGUGGAGCACGGCACUGUGAUCGUGGUGGGGAUCCCCCCUGAGACGGAGAGCUCCGACAAGAAGAACUUUUUUGGGAGAGCAUUUGAGAAGGCCGCCGAGAGCACGAGCUCCAGAACCUUGCACAAUCAUUUUGACAUGUCUGUCAUUGAGCUCAAGGUGGAAGACCGAGGCAAGUUCCUGGACGCACUGAUUUCUCUGCUGUCAUGAGGGGAGUUCUCUGUCCCUGGAGGUGUGCGAGUGGAAGCUGGAGGAUCGGGGAUCUGCCAGAUACUUGCCGGAGGGGAUUCCUGCUCAGGCCCCCCCUUGGACUGGAUGAACCUGAGAUCUCUUCUCAAGGAUGCUUAGAUUCUUAGAUCACCCUUCUGGGCCUCAGUUUCCCCCUCUGUGAAGUGGUUUCUGAGACCCUCCUUCCUCUCUCCACCAGUGCUGCCUGACUGCCUGGAGCAGGGGCAGGACUCGAACCCAGGGCUUCCUUACUCCAAGGCCAGCCCUUUCUGUGCUCUGUCUCCCUGCCUUGCUCCCAUUCAUCAAGGGCUUCCCACCACCUCCAACAAUCCACUCCAUCAAUCAGCAAGCAUUUAUUAAGCACCAGCUGUGUGCCAGGCACUCUAUACUGAGUCUGAUGAAUAAAACCCUCCUGUUUCAAAGGGGCUCCCCCCUCGGCCACCCGGCCCAGGCUGUGGGGGAGUCGCCUCGCUCUUCAGAUGCUCAGUUUUCCGCUCAGUGAAAUGGGUGCACUGCAACUUUCCUCUCCCUUGGCUCUGAGCUCAGGGCCCACCUCGCCUUUUCUUUUUCUCCCUUCAGCUCCUGGAAUCCUUCUGAUGAAUUGGUCUGGAUUGUAAAUACUGGCUGCACGUUUGUGAUGCUUUUAUAGACUGGGUAUAAAUUAUUAACAAGAUUUUAGCUCUAGGGAAAGGUGAUUAUAUCCUUUGAACACAAUAAAGCGCCCUUCUUUGGGGCUUGGA